GAUGAACAUGAAUCACAGCGUUCCCGGUUUCGAAAUGGAUGGCGAUUACUCAAUCCUUUCAUCUUCUUCUCUUGAAAAGCAUUCCAGACGGGGGGAUCAACUUACGGAGCUGUUGUGGCAAAACGGACAAGUUGUUAUGCAGUCCCAAAAUCAACAAACUCUCAAUAAAUCAGCGCCGUUCAAAUUUCCCGACGCCGACCGUUCAGCCCAGCAUCAUCAUCGGGAGCAACACCACUCGGUUACUGAUCAUCUCUUCAUGCAAGAAGAUGAACUUUCUUCGUGGCUUCACUAUCCUAUCAGCGACGCCAACUUCGACCGCGAUUUCAGCGCUGAUCUUCUCUAUCCUUCCUCCUCUUCCCUCGCCGCAACCGUCACAACCUCCGCUCCUCCUUUAGUCGGAAGAGUUUCUCAAGUUUCGGUUCCAGCUUCGGCUUCGAAAUCAUCUCCUAAGCCUCCCAUAUCGCCGGCUAGAAGGAAUGCGUUGGAUUCGGCUAGGAUCCAGAACUUCGCUCACUUCUCAAGGCAUAUACCGGCGAGGACGGACCAAUCUAGACCGUCGAAUUCGAAGAGUGUGAUGAGGGAAUCAACGGUCGUUGAUUCGAUCGAUACACCGGCAAUGGCUCCUGAAUCGGGAGCCUAUCAGGCUAGGCCGCGCAACGCUGAGGCGGCGGCACCUGACGGGAACAACAACAACAAUGCACACGCAGACAAGAGCACCGCUGGUGUACCACACAAGCAAUCAGCUGACGUCAUCCUGGGUGCCAACAAAGACAGUUUAGGCACGUGCGAGUUCAAUGUGACAUCAUCACCUGGCGUAUCCAGCGGUAGCGCUGAACCGGCGGCUCAAAAUGCUGCCCAGGCUGAGGACCGGAAGCGUAAAGGAAGGGAACUGGACUACAGCGAAAGUCACAGCGAGGAUGCUGAGUUCGAAUACGAAGACACAAAGAAACAAAAUCGUGGAUCCACAUCUACAAAAAGGUCCCGGGCUGCCGAGGUCCAUAAUCUCUCCGAGAGGAGACGCAGAGAUCGUAUAAAUGAAAAGAUGAGGGCUUUGCAAGAACUCAUACCUCACUGCAACAAGUCAGAUAAAGCUUCAAUGCUGGAUGAAGCAAUUGAGUACUUGAAGUCACUUCAGUUGCAAGUUCAGAUGAUGUCCAUGGGUUGUGGCAUGGUCCCAAUGAUGUAUCCUGGUGCUCAGCAGUACAUUCCACCAAUGGGAAUUGGGAUGGGCAUGGGAAUAAUUAGGCCAAUGAUGCCAUAUACCAUUGUUUUGGCGGGCUCGGCGUUGCCAACACCAGCAGUUGCGACACAUUUGGGUCCUAGGUUUCCUAUGCCAGCCUUUCAUAUGCGACCACCAGUUCAAGCUCCUGACCCAUCAAAACCCCAAUCAGGCAAUCAGUACCCCAUGCUGAUCCCUCUUGGCAUGCAAAACAUAAACCAGCCAGGGCCCCCAAACGUAGCUGAAUCUUACCAGCGAUAUAUUGAUCUUCACCAGAUGCAAAUACCCCCUUCACAGAGUCAAGCAACGGCCCAGCCAAGUAUAAGAAAGGGAUGUGAGAGUUUUGAAAAUCACCUGUCAGGUAGGUCCAUUAUUUUCUAGUUCCAUAUAUGCAUAUGGGAAAUGAUAAGAUAGCACAUGCCAUGGCCCCUCUAAUCAUGUACAGGGAAAAUAACAUGACUUUUAAACCAAGUAUUCUCGGCCGACAUUUUGACAGGCAUUAUAAACUGAUGCGAAUCGGAAUGAA